CAGGCGUCCCUGCCAGAUGGGUGGGGCAGGGAAGCAGAGGACGGCCGCUGCGGAGGGGCGGCCCGGCCGGACUGGGUAUCCCCUCCCUCCCCUCUGUCUCCCAGGUGCCACUGGGACCAGGGUGGGGCAGAGCCAGGAGCAUCGGACAGGGGUCGAGGGAAUUCGAGCUUCGCAGGUUCGCUUGCUUGGCAGCAGUUGAGUGUACUGGUCUCCUUGUCAUGGCAACCAUUGUCCCGGAAAAACUUACUCGCCUUUUCAUUAAUGUGCAGCAGCUUUGGCAGGUCCCCAGGCUGCUGGAAACGGCAUUCCCCUCGCCUCCCUGCACCGUGGGCACCUCAGAUGUGCCUAAGGUCUUCUGGAAACCCUACAUUCACACCGGCUACAGACCCCUCAACCGGACCUGGAAGUAUUACUUCUUGACGCUUUUCCAGCAGCACAACGAAGCUGUCAACGUCUGGACUCACCUCGUGGCUGCGCUAAUCCUGCUGUUGAGGUUCCAGCGGCUUUCCCAGACGGUGGAUUUUGUGAGCGAUCCUCAUGCCCAUCCCCUGUUCAUCAUUGUCAUUGCUUCUAUCACCUACCUAACCUUCAGCACCGUGGCUCACCUCCUCCAAGCCAAAUCAGAGUUCUGGCAUUAUAGCUUCUUUUUCAUGGACUAUGUGGGAGUAGCCAUUUACCAGUACAGCAGUGCCUUGGUGCAUUACUACUAUGCCAUUGAGCCAGACUGGCAUGCAAGGAUCAUGGGGUUUUACAUGCCGGGGGCUGCUUUGCUAGCUUGGUUAUCGUGUGCAGGUUCCUGUUAUGCUAAAUAUAGAUACCAUCAGCUUCCCCGCCAUCUGAGCAGGGUGUGUCAAGAAAUGCCCCUGGGCCUGGCAUAUGCUCUAGACAUUAGCCCAGUAAUUCACCGGCUCUACACUGUUCAGCCCUCCGAGCAGGCAGAUCCAGCCCUUUUAUACCACAAAUGCCAGGUGCUGUUUUUCCUUAUCGGUGCUUUUUUCUUCUCGUACCCUUAUCCAGAGAAAUGGUUUCCGGGGAAAUGUCAUUUCUUUGGGCAGGGGCAUCAGAUCUUCCACGUGUUUCUGGUGCUGUGCACCCUAGCCCAGGUGCAGGCCGUGGCUCUGGACUAUGAGUCAAGGAGGGAGAUCUACACCAGUCUGCACGGUGACCAGACUCACAAUUUCUCUGCCCUGUGCUUCUUCACCGUAGCCUGCUGCCUCCUCACUGCUGCUUACAUGACCAGCAAAGUGAAGUGCAAACUGAAUUGCAAAGGAGAAUGAAAGCUGUGGAGGGGAAGCUCCUGAUCUUUCCCAUCCUGGCUGUUUGAGGGGAUGCCACCAUAACAAUCUGGAUUCAAAUCUGGCUAUGGACGAGUGUAAAGUGUGAUGGAAUGCUUGGAAAUGUGCUAUUGUUAGGUGAUCUGCAAAGGGAAAAUGCUGGAAGUUUGUGCUCUUUUGGAUUUUUUAUGAUGGAUAAAGAAGACCUGGAAAGGUGUAUGUGUGUAUAAGUGUUAAACCGGUUUCUUUUUCUGCUGAUUUUCUGCCUUCGAAAUUCCGGUGCUGUCUUUAAAAGGCCUCAAUGAAGAGCUGGGAGCAACGCUCUCUUUGCUAAA